UUUUGCUUUUUAAUUUGGCUAGAAGCAAUUUAUUUUUAAAGAAAGUAUGUCUCCUCUGAAGAUACACGGUCCUAUCAGAAUUCGAAGUAUGCAGACUGGAAUUACAAAAUGGAAAGAGGGGUCCUUUGAAAUUGUGGAAAAAGAGAAUAAAGUCAGCCUAGUAGUUCACUACAACACUGGAGGAAUUCCAAGGAUAUUUCAGCUAAGUCAUAACAUUAAAAAUGUGGUGCUUCGACCCAGUGGAGCGAAACAAAGCCGCCUAAUGUUAACUCUACAGGAUAACAGCUUCUUGUCUAUUGACAAAGUACCAAGUAAGGAUGCAGAGGAAAUGAGGUUGUUUCUAGAUGCAGUCCAUCAAAACAGACUUCAUGCAGCCAUGAAACCUUCUCAGGGGUCUGGUAGUUUUGGAGCUAUUCUGGGCAGCAGGACUUCACAGAAGGAAACCAACAGGCAGCUUUCUUACUCAGACAAUCAGGCAUCUUCAAAAAGAGGAAGUUUGGAAACUAAAGAUGAUAUUCCAUUUCGAAAAGUUCUUGGUAAUCCAGGUAGAGGGUCAAUUAAGACUGCAACAGGAAGUGGACUACCUGUCACCCGGACAAUUCCCUCUUUGACAUCUACAUCAACCCCUCUUAGAUCAGGGUUAUUAGAAAAUAGGACUGAAAAGAGGAAAAGAAUGUUAUCUGGCUCAGAGUUGAGUGAAGAUUACCCUAAGGAAAAUGAUUCAUCAUCGAACAACAAGGCUAUGACAGAUCCCUCCAGAAAGUAUUUAACCAGCAGCAGAGAGAAGCAGCUGAGUUUGAAACAGUCAGAAGAGAAUAGGACAUCAGGGCUUUUACCUUUACAGUCAUCAUCCUUUUAUGGCAGCAGAACUGGAUCCAAGGACUACUCCUCUGGUAGCACUAACUUAGACAGGACCAAUGUUUCAAGCCAAACUCCCUCUGCCAAAAGAAGUUUGGGAUUUCUUCCUCAACCAGCUCCUCUUUCUGUUAAAAAACUGAGGUGUAACCAGGAUUACACUGGCUGGAACAAACCAAGAGUGCCCCUUUCCUCUCACCAACAGCAGCAACUUCAGGGCUUCUCCAAUUUGGGAAAUACCUGCUAUAUGAAUGCUAUUUUACAGUCUCUGUUUUCACUUCAAUCAUUUGCAAAUGACUUGCUUAAGCAAGGUAUCCCAUGGAAGAAAAUUCCACUCAAUGCACUUAUCAGACGCUUUGCACACUUGCUUGUUAAAAAAGAUAUCUGUAAUUCAGAGACCAAAAAAGAUUUACUCAAGAAGGUUAAAAAUGCUAUUUCAGCUACGGCAGAGAGAUUCUCUGGCUAUAUGCAGAAUGAUGCUCAUGAAUUUUUAAGUCAAUGCUUAGACCAGCUGAAAGAGGACAUGGAAAAGUUAAAUAAAACUUGGAAGACCGAACCUGUUCCCGGAGAAGAAAAUUCGUCAGAUAUUUCAGCCACAAGGGUGUACACUUGCCCUGUUAUUACUAACUUGGAGUUUGAGGUUCAGCACUCCAUCAUCUGUAAAGCAUGUGGAGAAAUUAUUCCCAAAAGAGAACAGUUUAAUGACCUCUCCAUUGACCUUCCUCGAAGGAAAAAGCCACUCCCUCCUCGUUCAAUUCAAGAUUCUCUUGAUCUUUUCUUUAGGGCAGAAGAACUUGAGUAUUCCUGUGAGAAGUGUGGUGGGAAGUGUGCUCUUGUCAGGCACAAAUUUAACAGGCUACCCAGGAUCCUCAUUCUUCAUUUAAAACGGUAUAGCUUCAAUGUCACUCUCUCACUUAACAACAAGAUUGGGCAGCAAGUCAUCAUUCCAAGAUACCUGACCCUAUCUUCUCAUUGCACUGAAAAUACAAAACCACCCUUCACCCUUGGUUGGAGUGCACAUAUGGCAAUUUCUAGACCAUUGAAAGCCUCUCAAAUGGUGAAUUCCUGCAUCACCAGCCCUUCUACACCUUCAAAGAAUUUCACCUUCAAAUCCAAGAGCUUGGCUUUAUGCCUUGAUUCAGACAGUGAGGAUGAGCUAAAACGCUCUGUGGCCCUUAGCCAGAGACUUUGUGAAAUGUCAGGCUGCGAACAGCAGCAGGAAGACCUGGAAAAAGAUUCAAAAUCAUGUAGAAUAGAGCCUGAUAAGUCUGAAUUGGAAAACUCCGGAUUUGACGGAAUGAGCGAAGAAGAGCUUCUAGCAGCUGUUUUAGAGAUGAGUAAGAGAGAAGCUUCACCAACUCUGAGUCAUGAAGAUGAUGAUAAACCAACCAGCAGCCCAGAUACCGGAUUUGCAGAAGAUGAUAUUCAAGAAAUGCCUGAAAAUCAAGACACUGUGGAGACUGAGAAACCCAAAACAGUCACAGAGACUGAUUCUGCCGGUUUUACUGAGAUAACGAAAGACUGUGAUGAGAAUAAAGAAAACAAAACUCCAGAAGGAUCUCAAGGAGAGGUUGAUUGGCUCCAGCAGUAUGAUAUGGAGCGUGAAAGGGAAGAGCAAGAGCUUCAGCAGGCAUUGGCUCAGAGCCUUCAAGAGCAAGAAGCUUGGGAACAGAAAGAAGAUGAUGACCUCAAAAGAGCAACAGAGUUAAGUCUUCAAGAGUUUAACAACUCUUUUCUGGAUUCGUUGGGUUCCGAUGAGGACUCUGGCAAUGAGGAUGUUUUAGACAUGGAGUACACAGAAGCGGAGGCGGAGGAACUAAAAAGAAAUGCAGAGACAGGAAAUCUUCCUCAUUCUUAUCGGCUCAUUAGUGUUGUCAGUCACAUUGGUAGCACCUCUUCUUCAGGUCAUUACAUUAGUGAUGUGUACGACAUUAAGAAGCAGGCAUGGUUUACUUACAAUGAUCUCGAGGUAUCUAAAAUCCAGGAGGCUUCUGUGCAGAGUGAUCGGGACCGGAGUGGUUAUAUCUUCUUUUAUAUGCACAAGGAGAUCUUUGAUGAGCUGCUGGAAACGGAAAAGAAUUCUCAGGCACUUAGCAUGGAAGUGGGGAAGACCACUCGUCAGGCCUUGUGAGGAACAAACUCCUGGGUUGGCAGUGUGCACUGCUUAUUCCCUCCUACUGCUGCCCACCUCACCUUUCCUCUGCCCAAGGAGAAUUUGGAAUUCUACUUGAUGCGGGAGCAACAAACAGCUCAGGGCCAAACCAAAAGACGAAAAUUGCAAUUAUGUGGAACGCUCCAUGCUAAUUGUUUUAUGGAAACUUUGGUCUCACAUCUGUAGCUGAUUAUCCUCUUUUUCUCCUACAAGAGUGGCACUUCCUUUUGUCUUAGGAAUACAUGUUGUAAAUAAUAUAUAUAUGUACAUACACACACACACGUAUGUGGAAUGAAUGGAGCCUUAAAGAGUUAGGAUGAGCCACCAUAGUAUUCCUGUUCAAAAUUAAUAGCACAGCAGUUUGGAGAAGAAAUGAAGGUGUCAAAGAGUCCAUUCACCUGAGAGAUGUGUAAAGAUGUACAUAUUGGUUGGCAUUUAGUUUUUCUGUUCCUUGAGUAGUUUCACUCAAGUGUAUAAUCUUUCACAUGUGUUUCUUAUUAGUAAAGUUCACUGGAAAGCCAGCUCUCCAUGUUACACUAAUGACAGUUUGUCCUCCUUGCAAGGGAGAGGCAUUUCUGCCACCUGACGUGAGGAGCUUUUUUUUUUUUUUUUAAUUACUUCAUGGAUUUGUAAUGCUUUUGCUGUUUACAUGCAGUCCCAAGAAAUGGAUUGUUGGUGCUUUGGAAUGGGUUAUGGUCCCCCGUUUGGUAUUCAUUGUACACUUUGUAUUUUCUUUAAAAGAGAUUCUUCACACAGUAUAUUCAUCUAUAUUAUUAUGGUAGUGAAGAUAGAAUCUUUUCUUUUUCUUCUGUAUCAUUCUUCCAUGGAGCAAGCAUUACCCUAAUAGAUUGCAACCAAAAUUUUAAGAGGUAGGAAAAUAAUAUCCCAAUUGGGAUUCCCCAGCAAGGACACCUGGGGAUAAGGAAGAAUGCUAGCAUCUGUCUGUCAUACAUGGAGAGGUCAGGAUGAGGAUUCUCGUGUUAAAGCUAAAAACUCUGGACCACUAGAAGCCCUAUUGCAAGUGGGAAAUUAAGUACAUGAGCUUAGGAUGAAGCUUGAGCAUUUAAU